UUGUCUUCGGGCCCUCUCUUUGCGUCUGCCUUGUGAGCGAUUUUAGUAGAUUCUUAGUGGCGUUGGGGUGAAAAAGCAGAAAAUAAGCGAAAGCCAGAUAACAUACAUACAUCACUCUUACCUUGUAAUUCAAUUAACUGGAGGAAAAAUGCUGAGGUUUGCGGUAAUUGCCUGUGCGGUGCUGGUGGCCUUCGCCGGAGCCCUGGAGUUCAGCGAUUGCGGAUCGAAGACGGGCAAGUUCACGCGGGUGGCCAUCGAGGGAUGUGACACCACAAAGGCGGAGUGUAUCCUCAAGCGGAACACCACGGUCAGCUUCUCGAUCGACUUUGCCUUGGCCGAGGUGGCCACAAAGGUGAAAACCGUGGUCCAUGGCAAGGUCUUGGGCAUUGAGAUGCCCUUCCCUCUGUCCAAUCCGGAUGCCUGUGUGGACAGCGGACUGAAGUGUCCACUGGAGAAGGACGAGACCUAUCGCUACACGGCCACGCUUCCGGUUUUGAAGUCAUAUCCGAAGGUCUCGGUCCUGGUAAAGUGGGAAUUGCAGGAUCAGGAUGCUGCGGACAUUAUCUGUGUGGAGAUUCCCGCCAAAAUACAGUAGGAUAUCAACGGAUUAAGCUUAUAAAUUAACGAUUCUUAUUGUAAAUUAAAUUUAAAUAAAGAAAUGUAAAAUUAAGGGACAUUUGAGAGUCUCAUAUUUGUUCUUUUGUAACUAUAAAAUCAAUAUCUAUUAGUAAACUGAAGAAAUAUCUCUCGAAGUAAUACUCCAAGUCCUACUGUAAUAAAAGUCUAUAAUUAUUAUAUUUCCCAA